AUGACCGCGACCGCCAGGCGCCAGUCGUGCUUUCUAUGUGACCUGCCCCGCAUGCCGUGGGCCAUCAUUUGGGACUUCAGCGAGGCGGUGUGCCGGGGAUGCGUUAACUACGAGGGAGCCGACCGGGUCGAGUUUGUCAUCGACACCGCCCGCCAGCUUAAGCGUGCCCACGGCCUCCACGAGGGCCGAGCGGGGAAGACGCCUACAGCCAAGGAGCACCACCACCCGGCCGGCGGGGAGCUCGCCUCUUCCCGCUACGCGCUAGCCGAAAGGCCGCUGCCUCGCCUGGGCCCGGAGUACCAGACGACGGCAGCGAGACAUGUCAACGGCUUCCCCAAGCCCGACGAGCCCCCGGAGCUAAACCGCCAGAGCCCCACCAACCCGCGACGGGGCGGAACGAUGCCGCCCGGCCUGGUGCCGCUACUCAACGUCGGCGUCCCGCACCACGCCGCGGUCCUGGUGUCCUCCGAGGCGUACCGGGAUAAACACAUGGGUGAUAACAUGGCGGACAAAGGUAGAAGCGCGCGCGAGGUGAUGGGCGUGCAAGUCCUCGACGCCAGGUUCAAGAAUGAGCACAGGGCGAUGUCGUACGAAGGCCCCGCCUCUUACAAGACAGAGCGGGGGAAGAACCCCCGCAGCCUGAAGAGGAAGGCGUCCCCUGAACCCGAAGGUGAAGGCACGGCCAACAAACUGAACAGCGCUGAGGCUCCACCGUGGUUGCAGCAGCCCAGUGAGGCGGUUGGAUCGGUUUCAGGGCCGCUACCCCUCCCUGAGGCCGUCACGCCACCUCAGAAUCCUCAGUCGCCCAUUACCGCACUCAUCCUGGCCACAGACAACGCGUGCGCGCCCAAAGACGGAGCACGGGCACAGCGGAACAGCGGCACCCCGCCUGGGACAGGGGGAGACACAGGGGCGCCAGGUGGCGCUCCGCUUUGCUGCACGCUGUGCCACGAGCGCCUCGAGGACACUCACUUCGUCCAAUGCCCGUCGGUGGCGUCACACAAGUUUUGCUUCCCGUGCUCCCGCGCCAGCAUCAAGACCCAGGGCGCCGGCGGGGAGGUGUAUUGCCCCAGCGGCGGCCGCUGUCCCCUGGCUGGAUCAGACCUGCCCUGGGCGUUCAUGCAAGGAGAGAUCGCCACCAUCUUGGCCGGAGAGGUCAGCGUAAAAAAGGAGCGGGACUCUUAA